AUGAAUACUUUAGAAAGUGACAAUGAUCGUCAUACAGAACAGUUAGCUGCUAAAGUUUCUCGACUUAAAAGUAUUGCAAUUGAUAUUGAUAAUGAAACAAAAGAUCACAUUCCAUUUCUUGAAUCUAUGAAUUUUGAUUUCAAUACUGCACGUAGUUUUCUUGGUGGAAGUUCUCGUCAUUUAAGUACUGCUAUGUCAAGUGGGCGUGGUGAUCGACGAGUUAUGUGUUAUGUAAUUGCUGGAAUUGUUUUCGCUUUUAUUUUUCUGUACUAUGUUGUAAGUUCAUUUCGACGUAAGUAA